AGGGCCCCACGGAAUCACAGCAAGACAUACAAAGUCCCUCGUCGCCCAUUCGGUUCAGCUCGUCUCGAUGCUGAGUUGAAGCUUGCUGGCGAGUACGGCCUACGAAACAAGCGUGAGAUCUGGCGUAUCGGUCUCAUCCUUUCCAAAAUCCGUCGUGCAGCCCGUGAGCUGCUCAAACUUGAUGACAAAGAUCCCAAGCGUCUCUUCGAGGGUAACGCCCUCAUUCGUCGGCUCGUUCGGAUUGGUGUGUUGGACGAAACCCGCAUGCGUCUGGAUUACGUGUUGGCAUUGAAAGUGGAGGACUUCUUGGAACGUCGUCUCCAAACACAGGUCUUCAAGACCAACCUCGCAAAGAGCAUUCACCAUGCCCGUGUUUUGAUCAGACAACGUCACAUUCGCGUCGGCAAGCAAAUUGUCAACAUUCCAUCGUUCGUUGUCCGUCUUGAUUCCCAGAAGCACAUCGACUUCGCUCUCACAUCGCCAUACGGAGGUGGACGCCCCGGCCGUGUCAAGCGCAAGCGUGCUGCCGCUGCCGCCAAGCGGGAAGAGGGUGGCGAGGAGGAGGAGGAAGAGUAA